AUGGCGCCGCCCAAGAGGCAGCUGGCUCUGACGGGCGCCGGCGCAGGCCGGGAGGAGGCGAAGCGCCUGCGCGUCGGGGUCGCCAACGCCAGCGCCGCCGGCUGGCAGGCGCCGACAUCGCCGGCGUCGCCGGGGACGCGGCUCAUGCGGCGGACGGUGCUCGUCGUGCUCUUUCUACUGCGAAUGAGCGACGGGAUCACGGUGACGGAAAGCAUCUCCCAGAUUGGUCGCAUGGUUCAGAGGAAGAUGGAAGGGAUUCAGAAGGUUCAGGCUCUUAUGAUGCGCAAAUUGGAAAAUUUAGAGGAAAAGGUGGAGAGCAUGAGCCAUGAAGUGAAGAAAUUGGCACGUUUGCAUUCCAAUAGACACGCCGAUAAACACCCAAGAUCAGAACCAUAUCAGGAGGGUGCCACUUUGAGUGAACCGAACGCCAACAUUCGCCUGCGUUUCCUGGAUGGCCUGAAGACUCCAAUUUACACAGACAAGAUUAUAGCCUCUGAGAGCAAUGCGGCUAUCAGGAUUGGCGUCUUUGAUGGUGACAAAAUGAUCAGUGAAGGCCCGCUUUCGAAGGCGAAAGUUGAGAUCCUGGUUCUCCGUGGCGACUUCUGCAGUGAUGGUCAGGAGAGCUGGACUGAAGAGGAGUUUAACAGCCACAUAGCGCAAGGCCGGCACAGGCAAGGGUCAGUGCUGGGGGGCGAUUGCAGUGCGUGGUUGAACAAUGGGGAGGCGUCAUUGGGAAAAAUCCGCUUCAGAGAAGGAUCAUCCAGGACUCCCAGUAGGAAGUUCAUCGUCGGAGGAAGAGUAUGCAUGAACAGGAAGAUCGGUGGUAUUCGAGUCCAGGAAGCUGUCAUGGAGCCGGUCACUGUGCUGGAUCGUAGGAAUGAAGCAAAUGAGAAGAGGCACCCUCCCAGAUUGGAUGAUGAAGUGUAUCGCCUGGAAGAGAUCUCCAGAGAUGGAAUUUACCACAGGAGGCUUAAGAAUGCUCAUAUCUUCACAGUGGAGGACUUCUUGAAGGCUUUGAACAAGGACGCAGAUGAGCUCUGUGAAACGGUCCUCGAGAUCAAGAAGCGCAGUAAUGCUUGGGAAAGAAUGAUUAAGCAUGCCAGAGAAUGCUGCCUCGCAGACAAGCCGGAGCUCAAAGCAUAUCGCAAUGUAGAGGGGACUGUGGUGAUCUUCCUCAAUUGCGUGCAUGAUCUUGUUGGAGCAGUCUUUUAUGGUGUUUACAUUUCACGGGACAAUUUUGAUCCGGCUAAGAAGGCUCAAGCGUACGAGUUGAAAGAGUGUGCGCGCCAUCAGUUGGACAGUCUUCCGUUUGACUAUGUGAUGAAUGGCGAUCUUCCUGAACAAGUUCCCUCUAGCACUCAUUUUACUCUGGAUGCAUUCAUUCUUGGUCCGGAUGUCGCGCUUCAACCAAACGAAAACCAGUUGCAGGAUAGGAUCAACAAUAUCACUGAACCAUCUCACCAGAACGAGUAUAUUCAUGGUGAUCAGAGCACAGUUAACGCACAUUAUUUCCAAGGAGAAAGUAUUCUAGCAGUUGGUCAGCAGCAACCUACAAUUUUCACUGGUGAAUUACUUCACUGGCCCUACGAAAGAUCAGGUCAAGUGAACAUCCAUAGCCAGAUGCAAGCUCCCAUGUCCAUGGAUGGCGGAGGUGUCAUGCAGGCAUCAACCUUUGUUCAGCACAACCUCCUGCCACAAUUAUUCGGUCCUACGCAAGUCCAAGAAAGCAUGCAUGCCAUCCAUUACUCUGAGAAUCCACCUAACCAUGCUGUUGGACCAUCGACAUGGCACGAUGAUAUUUAUCCCUGA